GUUGGAGGCUCAAUGCAAGAUCUGCUGCAACUGGCAGCUGCUGUGCUCCAGGGUCAGGUUAAUUGAAGUGACUGGGGAGAGGGUGGGAGGGGCUAGGGGCAGGGCUGGCUUACUGGACUUGCCUUCCCUCUCUUGUUGCUCCCUCCCUUUGCUAGAGGAACCAACUUCAAAAGCCUCUCCACCUGCCUCUCAGCUCUGUCCAAGGAGGCCCCAUCAGCCAGUAGAGGACCUGGUGUGACUGACAGUUACCUGUGUCAUUGGCCACCUAAAGACCCAGAGGACCCCGGAUCAUGUGUGUGGCCUGCUAGAGGGAGUAAGGGCGGGCCAGACCCUGAGAGGCCUAUGGUGACCCCAAAGCCCUCUUUCUACACACUACUGCUGCUGGCAUUUCUUGGGUCUGCCCUGGGCUGGCCUGGGUCCCAGUCCUGUAGCGUCCAAGAGGUACUGCGCCACUACCAAGCUGUCAUCUUCCAGGACUUGCGGGCUGCCAUGCAGUGGGCUGGGCUGGGAGCCCAGCGUACAGAGCCUGCGUCCCGACACCACCACUUCAUCCAGAAAAACCUGCCUGGAGCUGGUGGAGGCCGGAGACGGCCAAGAACCUCCUGUGAUGCCCAGAAGGAGCACAGCAUCUUACUGUCUAUUGAGUCCUUGGGUCAGACUCUUCUUGAGAGUGUGUCUGGAGUUCCCCAUAAUGCAUUAGAGAAAGCAGCAUGGACAGCGGCAGUGCGUACGGAGGCAGUGAUGCGCAGACACUGCAGAACACCCUACAUCCUGCAGCCCAAGAAGCAUCCAGUACAGCCACCACGCGGCAGCCGGAGGCGGCUCCUGCUCCGGGCCCUGUACGCUGUCGCCUCCUGCUGGGAGAAGCUCUUUGCGCUAAGUGCCAUGGCCACUGGAGAAUUCUAGCACCGUCCCUGGUCUCUCCCACCUCUCACAGAAGACCGGA